AUGUACAGCCGCAACCUACCUCGCAUUAUACCUCCCCCUUUACCCGCUGUUCGAGAAGGAUCAUAUCGCAUCCGAACGGAUUCCGCCGCCUCGUCUGCCUCCGAAAGCAUAGCACGCACCGAGCGUGGCGGUUCCGCAGCACUCCAGGCUGGCGUUCCAAUCCGUGAUAAUAGCCACAGUGAUCGCUCUUAUAAAACAGCGCAGAUCCCACCUGCAAAUGGGGUGGCGGUAAUGCGUCAACCAUCUAGAGCGCGCGCCGCGGCUCCUCCGCAGCUUUCCGGAGCCCCGUAUGGAAUGGAAAACGGCCCGAUGACAAGUAGUGAAGAAUGGCAGGACCGUGGCGCUGCCGUUGCAGUUAGACAGGAGAUUGAUGCGAAUGGGAAGCCGGUCGCGCGAUACAUCAAGAAAGGGGUCCGGGAUUUCUCCUUUGGUCACACCCUCGGUGAAGGCUCUUAUAGUACCGUCGUACUUGGCACAGACCGACAAACGCUCAAAGAAUACGCAAUUAAGAUCCUCGAUAAACGUCACAUUAUCAAGGAGAAAAAGGUAAAGUAUGUAAAUAUUGAAAAGGACACACUUAAUCGGCUCACGACCACCCCGGGAUUGUUCGGCUGGUAUUAUACAUCUUCCAGUGAUGAGCGCUCGCUCUACUUCAUAUUGGAUACCAUUGACUACAUGCACAAAUGUGGAGUGAUCCAUCGUGAUCUCAAACCGGAGAAUGUUCUCCUGGAUAGCCAGAUGUAUGAAAGGGCCAGCUCCUUUGUGGGUACCGCAGAGUAUGUCAGCCCCGAACUAUUAACGGACAAGAAUGCGUGCAAAGCGAGUGAUCUUUGGGCGUUUGGCUGCAUAAUUUAUCAGCUUAUAGCUGGUCGACCGCCAUUCAAAGCCGGGAACGAGUACCAAACGUUCCAAAAGAUCGUGGCGCUCGACUACGAGUUCCCUGUUGGCUUUCCUAGUAUCGCCAACCACGAAUUCUUUCAUGGAGUAUCCUGGGGCGCAGAGUUGUGGAAGCAAAAGGCACCGCGCCUGAAAGCUUACUCCCCGCCGCCUCGGGAACCCAUCAAACUCAACGGUGGUUCUACAUUUAGUACCGCACCAUCAAACAACGCUUCUUCUCGAGUGGUGCCUAGGCUGGUCACUGAAGUGCCCGCACCCAGCCAACUUGAUAUUGAGUGGUCCCCUGUUCUGACAAAAACCAACGAACGAAUCCUGAAAAUGGGCAACCUGGUCGUUGUGUCCUCCCCGCCCCCCUCACAGUCCCGUCACCCAAAAAAAUUCUCGCGGUUCUUUGGGGGUAGUACGACUAAAAAGCGGCAGCGGUUAGUCAUGGUCACUUCUUCUGGGCGCAUCAUCAUGGCUGCUGCUGGGGGAGACGAAAAGAAGGCGAAACUGGAGAUUUCUCUGCUUGCUCCAGGGACACAUUACCGCAGUUCCACGGAUGCAAAAGGGUCGUCGUGUUGGAUUGUGGAUACGCGUGACAAACAUUUUGAAUGGCUGGAUACUUUAGAUAGAGCACGGGAGAUGGCACUGGCCCUUCAAAGCAGUGGGCCAUAUUCGGCUGACGAGGCAUUCCGUGACAUUUCGUCUGGAUUAUCGAGCCACGCCAAUACUCUCGACCAAAGCUCAGACACUGUACACGACGGAUCCUCCGGACGAGCUACUUUGGUUAAACACCAUGCGAACGAUUCCGAUUCUAUCAAGGGAAAGAAGCGUUUUAGUAGACGGCAUUCAAAGAACGGCCUGGCUGCAGUGUUUUAA